CGCGACUCAACACUUGUUUAACUUGUUGCUUAUCAAAAGUUGAUUUUUUUUACAUUAUUGUUUUUAAAUCGAUUUUUAUUUUUUUUUCGAACGUGUGUUUGGUUUCGCGAAUCAUUCGUUGUUUAUCUCACAGUGAAAUUUUGCUCGAACAAUUUUUUUCUCUCAUCAUAUUCAAUUUCCACCUUGUGGUAGAACCAUACCUUCGGAAUAAUCAAUCGUUUUGAAAAAUUCAAACAGAAGACUAGGUUUACAAUCUUAUUCAAUUUUUUCACUCAUGGCGUGUAUAAAACAUCAUACUCGUACUUCAUGAAUCGACAAAGUUGCGCCAGUAACCUGUCUUUGCAGUUUGCAAGGUGUAGAAGUAGCCAAAUCGUUUAGUUGAAAGGUCAUCUGGUGACCACAUCAUCUACCACCCAACGAAUACCAAUGACAAUGGCCGAAGCUCAAGUAGACUCAUCGACAGACAGUACGUUUUUGCAGCGCGGUCCAUAUACGAUACAUAAUAACCAAUUUUUAAUUAUAAACAAUCGCAGCAGUCGUGGCUUGAAGCAAAGAAAACGCAAACGUCUGAAUCAAGUCGUCGACCAGCUUAAUACGCAAGUGACCAGCGCCGAAUUAGCUCUAUUCAACAACAAUUUCAAACACUACAACAACAAUAACAAUCGCAAAUUCUUCAGCGACGAAUAUGACGAUGAUAGGGAAAAUGAGACACAUCCGAGAGUGAAGGCAUCCAAACACAUGUCAAGUGGUUAUCAGCAGCACACAGAAAAUACGGAAGAGAUGAUAAAAGAACUGAUACCACUGGUUGGUCAAGGGUUUCGUUUUGAUAGCAGUGAUCAGGAAAGAUUGGCCAGGUAUGGUUCGCCAUCAGUCGAGGAAGAAAUUGAAGACGAGUUCAGUCAGUCGUCUUCAUCCAAUAAGUCAUCCCACAGCUCGAAUGCUGAUUCGCCAAAGAUUAAUCUGAGCCCUUUGCAAAUAUUCAAACAUGAAGAUCUCUGUAAUUCCAAGAAACGUGUUAUUCAAUGUGAUUCCAAGCACAGUGUACCUCAUCAUCCGCAUUUUUACCCAGUCUCACCGAUAUCAUCUUCAACGCCAGUUUCUCCAAUUGCUGCUCAGGUAUACAGCUUCGAGCAUUAUUUACAAACAAAAUAUUUUCCGCAGUUCUUUCGCCAACAUAGUCAUUUGGAUUCCGAUCUGCCUCUGUGGCUGGAAGAGGCCAAAACUGAGAGAACCAAACCAUCUGAGAAACGUCACCGCAACAGACGUAGACCAAUAUCUCAGCCACAACCUUACACAUUACAGAAACAACCACAUAUUAAAACAGAACCAACUUCACCACAGGAAUCUCCACUCGACUUAUCAACCAAAGGGGCUAGAAAUCGAGCACACAGCAUACCGAGUGCUGAGCUGCUGCCUAAUCCGUUUUCUAUUCCUAUGGUGAAAGGCGACGUUGCCUCACCUACUACCAAAGAAUCAAUGGCCAUCAGGUACAAUCUAGAGGUAUCCCCAGUCGUCGAGGAAAUGCCUCCAGGCUCGGACGUCGCCUACGUUUGCCCAGUUUGUGGCCAAAUGUUCAGCAUACAGGAUCGCUUAGCUAAACACAUAGCAUCGCGUCACAAAAGCAGCUCUCAGUCCAGCGACUCAUCCGCCAAAUCGUACCUUUGUGAGGUCUGCAAACGGUCAUUCGCCAGGAGCGAUAUGCUGACAAGGCACAUGCGUCUGCACACUGGCAUCAAACCAUACACGUGUAAGGUAUGUGGUCAAGUCUUCUCUAGAUCCGAUCAUCUAUCCACCCACCAGAGAACCCAUACUGGGGAGAAACCCUACAAGUGUCCGCAAUGCCCUUACGCCGCUUGUCGUCGAGACAUGAUCACCAGGCAUAUGCGAACUCAUACGCGUAACGAUGCUAAUACUAUUACUUCCGAGCAUUCGGGAGAAUCUGCUGUUCCUGAUUCUUCACAUUCGUCUGUGUCUCAAGUUUGGUCACCAUCUACUUUGUCACCCAUGGAAAUCACCACCUUGGAGCAGGAUAAAGCUAUCGAAUCUUAAGACCAAAUCCUCCGUCUUGCGAAAUGUUGGCUUUAGUUUUUAACGACUUCUAUA